AUUUAACUACUUCUCUUGACCAGAAGCCAGAACCAAAAUAAAUAAAAGGAAAAAAAAAAAAAAAAGGAAAAACCGCCAAAAUUCCGGUUUAUUUUCUCUGCACUGUUUGUUUUCUGAGAAAAUUCAAGCAAUCUUUCUUAUCGAGAAGAGCUUCUAUCGGUUAGCUCUUCUGCUUCAGCUUGCUCUACUGUUGAUAGAGAGCUAAAAAAAUGACGUCGGGGACGAGAAUGCCUACGUGGAAGGAGAGAGAGAACAAUAAGAGACGAGAAAGGAGAAGAAGGGCGAUCGCCGCAAAGAUCUAUGCUGGACUGAGAAUGUACGGAAAUUACAAGCUCCCGAAGCACUGCGACAAUAAUGAGGUCCUUAAAGCUCUCUGCAACGAGGCCGGUUGGACCGUUGAAGAAGACGGCACUACUUACAGAAAGGGCUGCAAACCCAUGGAACGCAUGGACAUUAUGGGAGGAUCAGCAUCAGCUAGUCCCUGCUCAUCCUACCACCCAAGUCCUUGUGCAUCUUAUAAUCCAAGCCCUGGCUCAUCUUCUUUCCCAAGUCCUGUUUCAUCCCGUUACACUGCGAAUACUAAUGGCAAUCCUGAUGCCAAUUCCCUCAUCCCGUGGCUUAAAAACCUCUCAUCUGGUUCAUCGUCAGCCUCAUCCAAGCACCCUCACCAUCUCUACAUUCACACUGGUUCAAUAAGUGCUCCUGUCACUCCUCCGCUGAGCUCCCCAACUGCCCGAACUCCUCGCACAAAAAAUGACUGGGAUGAUCCAGCUGCUGGGCCAUCCUGGGGAGGGCAGAACUAUCCGUUCCUGCCGUCAUCUAUGCCCUCAUCUACCCCACCAAGCCCUGGCCGUCAAGUCCUGCCCGAUUCAGGAUGGCUAGCGGGUAUCCAAAUUCCCCAAAGUGGACCGUCAUCACCCACAUUUAGCCUUGUCUCACGGAACCCAUUUGGCUUUAGGGAUGAGCCUUUAUCAGGUGCUGGAUCUAGAAUGUGGACUCCUGGGCAAAGUGGGACAUGCUCUCCUGCAGUUCCUGCUGGUGUUGAUCAGACAGCGGAUGUUCCAAUGGCAGACAGUAUUGCAUCUGAGUUUGCAUUUGGAAGUAACACAGGCGGAUUAGUGAAACCUUGGGAAGGGGAGAGAAUCCAUGAAGAAUGUGUAUCUGAUGAUCUCGAGCUUACGCUUGGAAACUCUAGAACUCGAUAAGGGGGCUUGGUAGAAAGGUUGAGGAUGAGUUGAUCUAUGGAUCUCUUGAUUUGGCUUCUUCCUUCAAUUUAAUGCCUUCGUGUCAAUGACUUUGUAUUGUGCAUGCUUCGGUUGGCGGGGAGCUGAGUUAGAAGUACAGUGAGUAGGAGAACCAUUUUUUUUUCCCUUCUUUUUUACUUAUUUCCGUUUUCAACAGGAGAGAACUGAAAAUUAAAUUAUAAAUAUGUCAUGGUGGUGGCGUAGCCCCUUCAGUUCAAUUCAUUCUUCUUUUUAAUUUUUUUUUUAUCCUUUUCGUUGCCGAAAAAGAGAAGUUCCUAUUGCAACAUUAAUGCUUGUUUGGUGUGAUUUUAGUUUUGCCAUUGAAAAGGGAAUAUGGAUUUCAAGAUCAA